AUGGGGUGGUUGUUGCUGAUGAUGAUGUUCCUGGUUUGGCAGAUGAUGAUGGUGAUGACAGUAAUGAAGACGAUGAUGGUGAUGCCUCUGCUGCUGCUGGUGGCAGACGAAAGAAGUUUGGUUUGUGUUCGCAGGCGGUGAUCGAUCUCGUGAGAAACUUGUCAGGUCUCGGGUGUAAACCAAGUCGGAUCGGUUACCAAAACAACUGGCUCUCAAAUUCUGCCCUCCCAAAGCUCGAGCUGAGAGGGGAUAUCACCGGCGGUUUACCAAGGCUGACAUGGUUGCAUGUGUGUGGUUUGACAGGAGAUAUGUUCACAUGCUGUCGACGUUCUCUAUUGCGGAACUAGAGAUGGAUCAUUGCCAACCUGUAAGGAAGGAUUGUAGGAAGAAAGUGGAUGUUCCAUGUCCUGCUAUGUUGCCAGACUAUGUCAAGAACAUGAGAGGAGUAGACGUAGCGACCAAAUGAUCUCACUCUACAAUGCUGGUCGCAAGAGUAUGAAAGGAUGGAAGGCCAUACUGUGCUAUGUGUUAGAAUGUGCUAUGCUAAAUUCUUUUAUCGUGGAAGGAGAGUUUGAUGAGAGACAUCGGGGUACUGGUCGGAGGAGACAUUAUUUAGCAUUCAGAAAAGACCUGGCACAGUCUCUAAUAGAUGGCUUCAGUAGUCGAAAGGAAGUUCCGGCAAGGAACCUCCAAGUCGACCGCCUGAAUGCCUUUCUGGUGCACUUGCCUCAGUUUGUGCCAGAGAACAAGGAAUGCGUUCUUUGCACAAGAAGGGGGAGGUGGGGGAGACAACACCAUUCCCAUGUCCAGUGCACAUCUUGUGAGCGUCAUUUAUGUGUGGCUUGUGAUCGUAAUUGCUUCAAGGAAUUCCAUGCCACGAGGGACUUGCAGGAUGUGGUGUGAGAUGUCGUCUGGUGUGUCUGGUGUUUUUUGUCAUUAUCAUUAAGAAUUUGGGGCAGUAUGUGUUUCGAUCUCCACGUGGUCUGCCCUGGGUAAUGCUAACAUGAGCACAACGUCUAAGUAUAUGUUGUUUUGUGUUUUUGCAUGUGAUUUAGUGUUUUUCAGCUUAUUUAACCAAUUAUCUUGAUCAUAGUAUUUGCCAUGUAAUAGUUAUAAUGAUAUUUUCUUGUGCAUUAGUUAUUGUGUACAAUAAAAUUUGAAGUUGUUGCUAUGGAAACGA